ACGAGAUCGGCGAACAACAGAGCGAUCUCUUGUAAGAGCUGUUGUCGUUCGAAACGGGGCUGCUGGGUGGGACCGAAGAAAGGGGAAAAUAAGUGCCUCUAUCAGCGUAUGAGGAAUUCACGGCACAGAAGCUGGGCGAGUCAUAAGUCAGGCUCACCGUUCUUAAAACGCACCACGUCUGGUGUUUCCCACGGUCUCCAGAACAAGUGUCACUGGCAACAGACGGUCCUGUUGCAUCUUUUUCUCCCUCGUGAGCCCCGCCUCUUCGCCAAAAUCCGGCUGCUAGAUGUGACGUCGAGGUUGAUCAGGAGAAGCCACCAUGUCCUAAACUCAGACGGGCCCUCUGGAGCCCUGCCCCCCCACCCCAUCCCUCCCUCACCCAGCCCCUCUCCCAUCCACCACCUCACCCCGUCCCCCCUCCCUCUCCCCCACCUCUCAACCCACGUGCGAGACAGGCUGCCCAGUGCUGGCUCCCCACCGGUGCGCCUAUCUCCUCCUUCCGUGGAGAUGAGCUCACAGAAGCAGCAGCUGGGCGCUGGAAACGUCGGGGUCAUGGAUUCUGACCGCGACCUGCAGUCUGCCACUUCUUCCAUCUCCCUUCCGUCAGUGAAGAAGGCCCCGAAGAAGAGGCGCCUCUCUCUGGCUUCUCUCUUCCGAAGACGAGGCCGGGACACAAAAUCAGGCCGCCAGCGGUCCAGGGACCUCCAGUACCCCGGGUCGGGUGGCCUUACGGGAGUGGACGGCAUUGCCAGCAUCGAGAGCAUCCACUCUGAAAUGUGCAAUGACAAGAACUCGGCCUUCUUUUCCGCGGUGGGGACGGGAGCCGCCUUCGCCGCUGCCGCCUCGUUGUCCUCCGCCUCAGGGCCUUCUUAUGCUGCUACCAGCUCCUCAGCUAAGGCGGGGGGAGCAGCAGGGGCGGAGCUGCUGGAGUGCCCACUGUGCCUUCUACGCCUCUCCAGGGAGAGCUUCCCCGACAUCAUGACGUGCCACCACCGCUCCUGCAGCGACUGCCUGCGCCAGUAUCUGCGCAUCGAGAUCUCGGAGUCGCGCAUCAACAUCAGCUGCCCCGAGUGCGCCGAGCGCUUCAACCCGCACGACAUCCGCAUGAUUCUGGGGGACCGUGUGCUGAUGGAGAAAUAUGAGGAGUUCAUGCUGAGGAGGUGGCUGGUCUCAGAUCCGGACUGCCGCUGGUGUCCCGCGCCAGACUGUGGGUAUGCAGUAAUAGCCUUCGGCUGUGCCAGCUGUCCAAAGAUCACGUGCGGCAGGGAGGGCUGCGGCACGGAGUUCUGCUACCACUGCAAGCAGCGGUGGCACCCCAACCAGACGUGCGACGCGGCGCGCCAGCAGAGAGCCCAGAGUCUCCGCUUGAGGACCGUGCGCUCGUCCUCCCUCAGUUACAGUCAGGAGAGCAGCGCCGCAGCCGAAGACAUUAAGCCAUGUCCUUGCUGCGCCGCUUACAUCGUCAAAAUGAAUGACGGGAGCUGUAACCACAUGACCUGUGCCGUCUGUGGUUGUGAGUUCUGCUGGCUCUGCAUGAAGGAGAUUUCAGACUUGCACUACUUGAGUCCGUCAGGCUGUACUUUCUGGGGGAAGAAGCCUUGGAGCAGGAAGAAGAAGAUUCUUUGGCAGCUGGGAACACUAGUGGGCGCUCCUGUCGGAAUCGCUCUGAUUGCUGGGAUAGCUAUCCCCGCCAUGAUCAUUGGCAUACCUGUAUACGUGGGCAGGAAGAUCCAUAGCCGCUACGAAGGCAAGGAUAUUUCCAACCAUGAGAGGAACCUGGUUAUUGCUGGUGGAGUGACGCUGUCUGCCAUCGUGUCUCCUGUGGUGGCUGCAGUCACCGUCGGCAUUGGCGUUCCCAUCAUGCUGGCCUACGUCUACGGCGUGGUGCCCAUCUCUCUGUGCCGCAGCGGAGGCUGCGGCGUGUCGGCCGGGAACGGAAAGGGAGUUCGUAUCGAGUUCGACGACGAGAACGACAUGAACGCUGGCAACGGAACGGCCGCUACCGAUACGACAUCGGUAGCCGACACCCGGAACAACCCCAGCAUCGGCGAAGGCAGCGUCGGGGGGAUGACGGGCAGCCUGAGCGCCAGCGGCAGCCACAUGGACCGCCUCGGCGCCGCCAGGGAUAACCUGAGCGAGACGGCCUCCACCACGGCUCUGGCCGGAGCCAGCAUCACCGGCAGCCUGUCCGGCAGCGCCAUGGUCAACUACCUGCACAGGAUGGAGGUCCAGGCCGACGUGCAGAAGGAGCGCUGCAGUCUGAGCGGGGAGUCCGCCACCGUCAGCCUGGGCACCAUCAGCGACAACGCCAGCACCAAAGCGAUGGCCGGCUCCAUUCUCAAUGCCUACAUGCCUCUAGAGGGAAACAGUAUGGAGGUCCAGGUGGACAUUGAGUCCAAACCCGUCAAGCGACGGCACCACAGCGGCGGCAGCAGCGCCGACGACGGCUGCAGCAACGCCGCCGGCCGCUGCGGCUGGAGCAACCCCACGGCCGGGUGCAGCUCCUCUGAAGGCAGAGGGACGGCCGCCAAGUGGGCCAAAGAGGCGUCGGCCUCCUCCUUCAGCGCCGGCGGCAAAAAGAGCAAAGGCAAGCUGCGCAAGAAGAGCGGCGGCACCAAGAUCAACGAAACGCGGGAGGACAUGGACGCUCAGCUGCUGGAGCAGCGCAGCACCAACUCCUCGGAGUUCGACUCGCCGUCGCUCAGCGGCAGCUUGCCCUCCGUGGCCGACUCCCACUGCAGCCGCAUGUCCGAGUUCAGCUGCUCCGACCUGGAGAGCAUGAGGACGUCGUGCAGCCACGGCUCCGGCGGCGGCGACUACCACCUGCGCUUGGCCACCGUCAGCCCCCUCCCCGAGGUGGAGAACGACCGGCUGGAGUCGUGUCCUUCUCACUUCUCGCCUCAGUCCCCCACCUCCACCUCCACCGCCUCCUCCCUGGGGAACGGCACGGACCUGUCGGGGCUCUGCUUCGUCACGGACGAGAACAUCAACAUCAUGUGUGCCGGCGAGCUGGACUGCAACGGAGGAGAGCUCCUGAAGGAGCACAACCACCACCACCUCCACCAGCCGCAGGAAGCGGCUCCGCCCGAGCAGCAGGCCAGGAACCUCUGCUUACACACUGAUAUUUAAUAAACUCCAUACCUAAAGUGCUGCACUCACUUUAUAGACCACCUCCUUUCCUUCUUUAAGCUAACAGCUGCUGCUUUACAGUUUUGGUUAUUCCCGAGUAAGAGAUGCAUCUUAUUAGGAUGGAGGUUUUCCAAGGGAAGCAGCUUUUGAGUAAAAUUGUUCCUAGCAGCCACCUGAAAGCGUUAAAGUUCCUCCUGAGGCUGUUUCUGUUUCAGAUCUUUUCUUAUUUGUCACGUUUCACACGAAGCUGUUCACUGAUUGGCUGUUGCAUUGAUCUGUAGGACAAAAUAAAGUUCUUCAAUUCAUCAUACAGCAUUAAAUAGAUCUGAUUUCCUGAGACAAACCGAGUGAGGGACCAGGCAAAAUGUCGUUUUGGUUUGUUUUCUUCCCCCGUAAAUGUAAAAGUAACCGUUUUGAAUAUAUAUCACACUGAACCGUUCCAGCUCUGAACUCGACCUUUCCAAUGCUGAGAUCUACUGAGGGAGAUGGUGCUCCACUGCUUUCUGUUCUGUAGCUCGAAACUCAAGUGUCUUUUAGUGCCAAGAUAACUUUGAAAACUUGGGCAGAAUUUUGCUCUGGGAAAGGUUGGAACCGAUUUGAUUAGUGAUUAAAAAAAUAAAAAAGUCUCUGGAAGGCCGAAGCUGUAGAUUUUGCUGAACCCUCCCGUAGUUGAAAUCGGCGCUCAUGUAGAGUGUGGCAGAUGUCACUGUCGGGUCGAGUAGAAAGCCACGGGGUCAGCCCGUAAAUGAGGGGAAAUAAAACUGUGCUGCGCUCGAGAACGGUUGUUUUUUUCCUUCAAAGUCCAUUUACAGGCUCAGUACUUCCCAAAAAUCACAAAUAAAAAAAACAAACGAAUAAAAAACUUUGUUAAAGUGCAGACAAGAUCAGUGCGACUCUGCCUGGACAGUGAACAGCGGGUCCACUCGAGUCCUAGGACUGCGGGAGGGUUAAAGUUAGAAUUGUAACAUUACUCAGCGGGUCGGUCAGCUGACCGAAAUUGUACAAAGAAGUGAUUUGUUUACUGUUAGAGCUGCUUUCUGCGUUGGCCUCUGAGAGCUUUGAUAUCUUAACUCAUGGUGCCUUCAGGAAGCUGCUCGUGUUCCUCUCUUGUCUUCUAGAGUCCAAACGGGAGCGAGGAGAACGUCGUACCGACAGCAGAGUGCGUUUGCUAGAGGCGCGCUCUUUCACAAUGCGGCGGAGUUUAACUGAAGACUUUUCAACAGCCUACCAAAGACAGCACUCAGGCUCUUGUUAGGUCUUUGACUCUUCAGUAACACGCAACCUUUUUUCUUUUCUUUUUUUUAAAACACCGUGGGGAUGAAUGAAGACAUGACCCAGGGUCUCUCCCACACACACACACACACACACACACACUGCUGUUUUUACAUGUUCCACUAAAGUUGCGCAAAUAAGUGAGGCUCCAGGCACCUGCACUGACGCAGAGGUUGAUGGGAACGUUGAGUUUGUCAUGUGAUUCGGGUUUGUGUGCUGCUGAGCAGACUUGAAGUCAGUGUCUUUUUUUUUUUUUUUUUUUCUUUCUCCCAAACUGUUCUGUGGUCUGCACUGAGGCUGCUGAGCUGGCUCUGGUGAACCUCUACUAGCAGUGUGGUUUUGACCCAGGUCUGUUCUGGUUUGGUUCUGUGGAUAAAGCCUCCUGGCUGCAGAUCUCCCUUCAUCACAGUUAAGAUUUUUCUGCUCAUUCUUCCUCUUUUUCUUGGUUUUGACCAAAAUAAUCAAAUGUUUUGGUUGUAAUUUGCACACCGGUGUCAAGAUAAAAUUGGUCGUUUGUGCACAACGGGAUAAGGUGUUUGUAUAUUUGUUUGGUAAUUUGCUUUACUAUAUGCGUG